AGUCUCUUCUCUCAGAGGUUCCCAUUGUGGAAAGUCCAAGAUCUGGUGGUGUUGAGUUGAAAGAAAGGGGUGGGACUGUUAUCAGGGAGCAUGUUCUUGAUUUUCUGUUGAUGAUGAAUCAUUCCGAAGAAGCUGAUAAUCCUGUACCUAAAUCUCUUUCAAAUCUGGUUGUUCACAUCAUAGACACUCAUGUGGAUCACCUUCAAGAUGUUUUGACGAAGCUGGAGAUUGAGUUGGAUUCAAUGGAGCUGGAAUUGGACAAAGGUGGUUUUGCUUUGAAGAAACAAUUGCUGGACGAUAGAAGAUUUCCAAAGAUGCAUCUUGACCUGCAGCGCCUCCUCCAGGUGAUUGCACAUGGUGAGCAAGUAUUUCCGCGAGUGAAGGAGAAAUGUUCUUCAAAAGGUUGGUUUGCCAGCGAUGACAUCAAUUCACUUGAAGAGUUAAUUGGUCGACUGAGAAGACUAAAGGAGAAUGUUGGGUUUAUCGCCAAUCGUGUAACAGCAAUUCAGGCGGGUCUUGACAGUUGGCAGUCUGAGCAGAUAAAUAAAAAACUUUACUACCUUUCCUUCCUCUCCAUCGUCUUUCUUCCCUUGUCAGUAGUAACCGGAGUGUUUGGGAUGAAUGUUGGAGGAGUUCCUUGGACCAAUCAAAGAGAACCUGAGUUGAAAGAGGGGUUCCGCAAUGUUAUGUUGCUCUGUGUGGCUCUGCUACUGUUGGUUCUCCUUUGCUUCCUUUUUCCCGCGCUUUAUAGUCACGUAGUAGCUUGGAAGAGAAGGCGAGACAUGAAAAGAAGUUGGUCUCUCAACCGGAGAUCCUUCCUUAGAAGAAGUACAGGAGUUAGGGAAAGAAAUGAAAAGGGAGGUUACUUGAGGCUAUACUGAGAUGAAAUUGG